AAAAUAAUAAUAAUAAUAAUUCAUUUGGAAAAUUGACAAAUUAUGUCACCGACUUUAACAACAAUAACUAUAUCACCAACAACAACAACACCAACAGUAACAACAACAACAACAACAACAAUGAAUUCAACAUCGAAAGCCCCAUCCGGAUCGAAAGCAGCAUCCGGAUCGACAGCAGCAUCCGGAUCGGCAUCAUCAUCAUCAUCAUCAAAUUCACCACCAAUGUAUGAUGAUCCUGAAACUCAUCUAUUAAAUCGACGACGAAAUAAUAAUUCCAAAAGUUCAGAAAUGCGUAUUUAUAUGAAACAAUUAUUCAUACUUUUAUGGAAAUCAUUCAUCAUACGUCGUGUACAUUAUAUAUCGACAUUUUUUGAAUUGAUUGGACCAAUAUUAUUGAUAUUAUUGUUUGCAUUUAUUUAUUCCAAUUCAUCGAUGGUAACGCAAGCACCCGAAGAUUCAAAAACAACUUUAAGUCCGCAUGCAAAAUUGAAUGAAAAUGAAGCUAAUCACCAAGACAAUGAAGAGGAAAAAAUUCGUGAAAUAAUUAAAGAUGAUAAUACUAUGAAACCGGCACAGCAUUUUCGAAAUCCAACAUUAUUGGUGGAUUUUUCUGCUGCAAUUCCUAUUUUAAAACAAAUUUAUUAUACACCGGAUACACAAGAAACUGGACGUAUAUUAGCUACAUUAAAAAGAUCUUUGUCAGAUCUUCCGAUAGAAAUAAAAAAUGAUAAAGAUGAAGUUAUGAAGACAUUUGUCAACGCAACUCAAAAUGUUGAAAUUAUGGUGGAACAAAUGAAAUAUGAUUUGAAAAAUGUUGAAUUUAUGGAUUUUUAUCCGUUAAUAUUGGGUCUACAUAUUCAUAAAAUUGAUUUAGAGAAUGGUCAUCUUGUUUAUGAUGUAAUAAUACCGGCACGAACAGCAGCACAUAGCAGUUUGAAUGCUUAUCCACAAAAAUCAAGUCAAGCACCGAACUCACUUCAAAACAUAUGGAAUAUACCGAUUGUAGAAAUAACAAGUCGUUUAAAUAGAGAAUUUCUUCGUCAAUAUUCAAAUUCAUCUAUUGAUUUGAAACAAAUAACAUUGAAUCGUAUGCCAUAUCCAGCAUAUCGUGAUCCAAAAAUUGAAUUUCUUUCCAUAUUUGAUCUACUUGGUUUAUUUACAUUAAUCUCUUAUACAUUAUUUGUACCAUUAAUUGUUAAACGUAUAACGGAUGAAAAAUCAAGCAAAUCAAAAGAAUUAUUACGUAUGAUCGGUACCGCUGAUAUAGUAUUCUGGGCUGCACAUUUUAUUAAUUAUUUUUUUGUUAUAUUGAUUCAUGCACUUGGUUUUACUAUUGCAUUUACUAUGUUCAAAAAUCCAAUAAUUGUUCAUUCAUCAGUGAUUAUAUUUUUCAUUACGUUUGUUUUGUUUGGAAUGCAAAUGAUAAUGUUUUCGAUGUUAAUCACAACCGUAUUCAAUAAACCCGUUAUAGCUGUUAUUGCUACAACAAUUCUAUGGUUAAUGAUAAGUGUAAUUAUUUUUCGUGGUUGGGUACCAUCUAUCAAUAAUGAAACUAUUGGUAAUAAAUGUUUUGCUACACGAUUUUUUCUAUCAAUGUUACCGAUGGGAUCGAUUAUGUGGUUCAUAUCAAUAUUGGGAACAUUCGAAAGUUUUGAUCAAUCAUUAACAUUUUCUACAAUUAAUCAUUCAACAAUUGCAUAUGGUGAUCUAACAAUAUUGCUAGUCAUAAUUUCUGUCAUCAUUUCUUUUGCAUUGUAUGCCUUUUUAAUCUGGUAUGUGGAUAGUGUAUGGCCAUUUCAAUAUGGUGUACCUAAACGUCCAUGGUUUAUAUUUGAUCCAUCAUAUUGGCAUCCGAAAAAAGAUAUUGCAUCUUUUCAAUUAGAACCACCUGAAUUGAAUUCACAAGCAUUUGAACCAGAUCCUAUUAGACUACAAUCAGCUAUUGAAAUACAAAAUAUAACAAAAAAAUUUCCCGGCAAUAAAGUUGCAGUUGAUAGACUAUGGUUGAAGAUUUAUAGUAAACAACUAACCGUAUUACUUGGUCAUAAUGGUGCGGGUAAAUCAACCACAAUGAAUAUGAUUACUGGAAUUUAUCCUUCAUCAUCUGGUAAUAUUUUUGUCAAUGGUUAUGAUAUAUUUACUCAGACACGUAUGGCAAGACAAAGUAUUGGCCUAUGUACACAGGAAAACAUUAUAUUUCCUGAAUUGACAGUGUUUGAACAUCUGAAAUUAUUUGCCGUAUUAAAAGAUACCAAACUCUCUAAUAUUGAUCGAGAAGUUGAACGUGUAUUGAAUUUAUUACAAUUAACAAAAAAAUCUGCCACUCGAGCAUCAAGAUUAUCUGGUGGUAUGAAACGAAAACUACAACUUGGUAUGGCAAUGAUUGGACGAACAGAGAUAUUGAUAUUGGAUGAGCCAACAUCAGGCCUAGAUCCUGAAGCACGUCGUGUCAUAUGGGAUCUGUUAAUUUCAUUACGUCGUGAAAAAACAAUUCUGUUGACCACUCAUUAUAUGGAAGAAGCGGAUGUAUUAGGUGAUCGUAUUGCCAUCAUGAAUCAAGGUCGACUUAGCUGUUGUGGUACACCAUUCUUUUUGAAAAAUGCUUUCGGUACCGGUUAUCAACUUCGUGUGGAAAAACAAUCUAAUAAUUUUAAUUCAAGUCGUUUUCUUAACAUUAUUACUAAAUAUAUACCUACAGCAAAAUUUAAAUCUGAAAUCGAAACCGAAGUAAUCUAUACAUUGAAUGAAAAAAAUGUUGAAAAUAAUCGGAAAAAAGAAUUGAACAAAAGCGAUGAAGAUAUUGAUGAACAAAAGAAACGAUUUAAGAAACAGUUCCCACCAUUUUUUCGAGAUUUGGAACAGAAUCUUGAAAAUUAUGGCAUCAAUUCAUUCGGUUUGUCGUAUUCAACUUUGGAAGAUGUAUUCAUUGCCGUUGAAAAUGAUGAUUCGAUUCUUGAAUCACAAUUCUCAAAAACUAACAAUCGUGAUCAUAGUCUUAAUGAUGAUAAUCACAAUAAUCAAAAUUGGACUCCACGUUUAACUCCAAAAUCCGAAAUGAUCACUGGUUGUGCCUUGGUCAAAAAUCAAUUUAUAGCAUUAGUUUUAAAACGAUUUCAUUAUGCUCGACGUUAUUGGCAAAUGGUGUUGUUACAAUUGGUAAUACCAUUAUUGAUAUUUAUAUUGGCCAUGCGUAUAGCUUCAUUAUUUUCUAAUUUACGUAAAAAUCAAAAUUUUGAUCCUAUACCAAUAAAUACUGAACAUCUUUAUGGACCAAAUAUGGAAUCAUAUUUUCAAGGUGAAUCUGAACUAUAUGAAUCAUAUAAACGUAUCGUUUCUGAUCGUGAUCAUGGUCAAGUUAUAUUUACCGGUAAUUUUGAUGCACGAAUAUCUUUUGAAGAUUAUAUUCUAAAUCAUAAUGAUGGAGCUAUUGGACAUUAUAUACAAAAAGUUCUUUUUGGAUUACAAGAUAAUCAAACAAAAAGUUCUUAUAAGAUAUGGUAUAAUGAAGAACAAACCUAUUCGGCUUGGUUAUCCGUAAAAAUCUUUUUCGAUACCUUACUCGAUAUGGCUAGUCCACAACAUUUAAAAUCAAAAGUCGGUAUCGAUAUGACUUUUAAACCGGUAUUGAUUGAAGAAAAAAUAAAUGAAAAUCCUGAAUCAUUGACAAAAUCAAUGGCAUCAUUGAUAUUGUCUUGGUUGGUAUGUUGUUUACUAUUGUUACCAAUUGCAUUUCCAUUUUUGGCCGCAUCAUAUGUUCUUUAUCCGAUUAAAGAACGAACAACAAAAUCCAAAUUAUUACAAAUGAUGGCUGGUGUAUCACCAUCAAUAUUCUGGAUCAGUCAUUUUAUAUUCGAUUUGGCCUAUCAUUUGCUAACUAUAUCGAUUCUUUAUCUAUUCAUCUAUUUAUUUGAUGCUGAUAAUGUAUUUUUCGAUCCUGAUUCCAAAUCAUCCGCCGAAGUGUUGUUUGUAAUAUUGUUUGUAUUCGGUAUGGGCACAAUACCAUUGGCAUAUUUUUUAACCUAUAUUUUUGAUGUGAAUUCAUCGGGAUUUACAUUUGCUGUUAUCGUAUUUUUAAUUAUGGGCUUAAUUGGAAAUCUAUUCAUGGGUGUUUGCGAUUUUUUAAUCAAUAAUUUUGGUAUUCGUUCCGGAUUUUUAAAUGCGACACAAGCAGUAUUGCCAUACAUUCGAUGCAUACCAAUAUUUUCAAUGUUAUUUGGUUAUCAAAAAUUGUACAAAUCAAAUUUAUUCUAUAAAUUGUGUUCGACUGUAGGUAAAAAUCUUGAAGAACUAUGUAAGAAUUUAACAGACAAUAAUGAUCAGUUUGGAAUGAAUCAAAUGCUCAAAGGCUGUUGUCCAGAUAUUUGUCAAGAAGAUGAUUCUUGUUAUGAUUCGGGUAGUUAUUCAUUUGGAAGAUUUGGUUCUGGUCCUGAAAUCCUUACGCUAUUUGGAUCUGGUCUAGUUUUUAUGGUAUUAGUUAUUUUAUAUGAAAAUUUUCAACAAUAUUCACGUAAAUAUUUGAUAAAUUCGAUUGAACAUUUGUACAAUCAAAUAUUGGGACGAAAUCUUUCUGAAUCUAAUGAUUCAAUUGCUCUUGAAGAUUCGGAUGUUUCUAAAGAAAAACGACGUGUUGAAUCAAUUCUCUCGGAACGAAGUCAACGUGAUAAUGUUGACUUAUUGCUUGUUCAUGGAUUAACUAAACAUUUUGGUUCGUUUACUGCUGUUGAUCAUCUUAGUUUCGGUGUUCGUCAUGAUGAAUGUUUUGGAUUGUUGGGUGUUAAUGGUGCCGGUAAAACUACAACAUUCUCAAUGCUUACUGGUGAUAUUUUUCCAAGCGAUGGUAAUGCCAUUAUGGACGGACGAAUCGAUUUAAUCAAUAAUUUAAGUGAAUUUCGACGUGACAUUGGCUAUUGUCCACAAUUUGAUGCCUUAUUGGAUAAUUUGACCGGAGUGGAAACACUUAAAUUAAUGGGAGCAUUACGUGGUAUUCCAUGGAGACGACUUUCAAACGAAGUUAAAGAUCUAAUUCGUAUGGUCGAUCUACAGGAACAUGCAAAAAAACGAACCCAAACAUAUAGUGGCGGAAAUAAACGUAAAUUAUCUAUAGCCGUAUCUUUGAUUGGUAAUCCGAAAAUGUUGUUUUUGGAUGAACCAACAGCCGGUGUUGAUCCAAGUGCUAGAAGAAAAAUCUGGCGUACACUUGUCCUUGUUCGACAGCUUUUCAACAGUGUCAUCAUAUUGACAUCACAUUCAAUGGAAGAAUGUGAAGCUCUUUGUUCACGUAUAGCCAUCAUGGUUUCUGGACGUUUUCGUUGUCUUGGAUCUACUCAACAUUUACGUGCAAAAUAUGGACAAGGAUAUACGAUACAAAUACGUCUGAAACGAGAAAAUGAAAUAAAUAAGGAUUAUAGUAAUGAAUGUCAACGACGAAUCACUGAAGCUAUACCAUCGGCACGAUUAAGGGAUCAUCAUCAAUCUUUAAUGGCAUAUCAAGUUGAAGAUAAAUCUAUCAAAUGGUCAAAAUUGUUCGAAAUAAUGGGCCAAAUUGAUAAAGAACUACAAUUAGAAGAUUAUAUAAUAUCCGAUACUACAUUGGAAAAUAUUUUCAUAUUGUUCGCCCGGAAUCAACAACAAAAUCAAAAACAACAAAAAACGAAUAAAGAUAAAAAAGAUUGAUUUAAAAUUUCGCUUUGAUCUAUAUAUAAUUUUCUUUAUUUCUCUUUCUCUUUUUCUCACUCUCUCUAUCAACAAGUGAUAUAUUAUAAUUGUAAUGGCUAUUUUGAUUUAAUAAAAUUAACAAAUGUUUCUUUAAA